AUGCCUUUGUUAUCCUCUGGUGAUUCUACCUACGGGGGAGCGUCUGACGACCCUCUGACGGAAACUGAGCGGAAUAACCGCGAGAAUAGAAACAGUAAUCGCGAGAUUGAUAUGGACAUCGACGAAAGUAGCGGCAACGAAGACAUAGUCAAUGAAUCCGAACUGCAAACGGACGCAGAGGACUCCGAGGACGAUCGUCAGUCUGAGGAGGGAGAGACUGGUGCGGAUCAAGAAAAUCCUGAACGCCCUCCGCACCGGGUCGGUCUGGCUAUUUGA